UGUUGCCAACGCUGGCAGCACUGGGAAUUUGAACGGUGAACCGUUCUGCGAUACCCCCCGAUCUUAUCCUACGCGCAGCGAAUGACAUCGACCUUGCGUAGUCUACGUGCGUAACGAUUGUCAGGGGGCAGCAUAGGAUGUCAAAAUGAUAGAAUGGCAAAACUAUGGAGAAAUCUGAAAGUCAUUGUCGUAAGAAUCUCUGAAAAAGUGAAUUUCUAAAUUAGGCAAAAAUUAUUUCUUGAAGUAUUAUUCCACGUUUGAAGCAGAAGUCGGUUUUGCUUUUCACACCGAUUUGAGUUCCUGGCAGUAUAUAUCCGCAUCUGAAUUGUAACCUCCAAGUCGGGCGAAGGCUGAGUUGGCACUUUCAGAAGUUUGCUAACACUCGCCAAUAACGCCAACGGUACAGAUCUAGGUUGUUCAAUUUAGUUCAGGGUGAAAAGAAGGGCGACCAAAUUGUAAGUACAAUGAGUUUGUAUCUAAACCUUUAUUAAUAAAGCUCCAUUUAGCUUUAAGAUAUACGGCACAUCCAAACCAAGUGCGUUUUCUAUAAAGAGGUCCGAAUUCGAAAACCAACAAGCUUAAAGAAUUUGCUUUACAACCGGAGGAGAAGAUGCCAGAAACAGAUCGGUUCGACUGCAAACUCUGCCGGAGGUCAAAUAAUGUGGACGAUAUGGUCUUCUGUGCGGUGUGCCAGGAAUGGUAUCACUACCAAUGCGUGGGAGUAACAUCAGCGGUGGCUAACGAGAGCUGGAUGUGCGCACGAUGUGCAGCUUUGCCGUCGUCUACAAGGAUCGGUGAUCUAUUUGGAAGCGAUCCUGCAUUUCCGGCUACCAUCGUCAACGUCCCACCAGCAAGCAUCGCUGGAUCAUCGUCGAGCGCACCUGUGACUUCGUCCGAGCUUCCGCUCGUAACAAACGCUGGACUACCGCUGGCCACAUCGGCGGCAUCGUUAAUUGUACCGUCGGCUGUACCUCCUGGAGUGGUGCCGCCUGCCGUCGCUGGGCCCUCCGGAUGGGUACCUGCAACGACAACUACGACUAACUAUGGCCAAUCUCUGCUGACGGAACAGGCGCGAGCAAGCCUGCAAUGGGUUCAAGACCAUCGCGCAUUCCUGGAGCAGCAGUUGGAGGAGAGUCAUAGGAAGGAUCUGGAGAGGAAGAAGACACUGCUGGGACAGCUCACGAACAACGCCUUGCAAAGUGUUAUCAGCGGGGCUGCAUCAAACAGCUUCAACGAGCAGCCCGCCGCGAUCGGCGGGGUCGACAAUGUCGGAGGCUGGCUGGGAAGGAUGAUCGGCGAGAUGGAAAAUCUGUCAGUCACACCAGCGAGUGCGGGGCCACAGAUGACAGCAUCCGUUACACCCGUACUCAACAGUUCCACACCGACGACUACGGGUCAUGGUAGUCAGUAUGUAUUCGAACCAUCUCUUUCAUCACUGCUGCUGGGAGUACCCAGUAGUAUGUCGAAGGUUUCCACAGGUUCGGUGUCUGAAGGUCAGUAUAGUACGAUGCCAUCUAUUCCUCUGUAUGGGUACUCGCCACCUGGGGCGGAUUAUUCUCGGCAAAUCAGUGGCUAUCCAAUCCGCAGUCAGGUGUCUUUAAUGAGUUCGGGGAAUGCCAAUCUGACUAACGUUGUAACGGCCUGCCCGACGGUUCCAACAGCAUCAAUUCCGCAGGCACAGAUUUACGGCGGGCUACCAGUGAAUGCAAGUGCAUCCAGAACACAUCCGAAUCCUAUCGUAUCGCAAUCCCCAUGGGCGGGUAUUAUCCAGUGAAUUCGCCUCAAGCACUCCCGUUACAGUACCCAGUAGGUCCAACGCAGCAGCAGUUGUUGGCGAGACAAGUUAUGCCGAGAGAUCUCCCGCCGUUCCGAGGGGAUCCUGAGGAUUGGCCGCUGUUCUUCAGUGCAUACACCAAUUCGACGGCCGCAUGCGGAUACACCAACGUGGAAAAUUUAGCUCGGCUUCAACGAGCGCUGCAAGGUAAAGCAUUCGAUGCAGUGAAAAGCCGUUUGCUUCUUCCAGCGUGCGUCCUUCAAGUCAUGUCCACCCUAUACAUGUUGUACGGAAGACCGGAACUGAUCAUCCAAACAUUAUUGGACAAAGUUCACGAGACUCCUGCGCCAAAGGCGGACAGAUUGGAAACGCUGAUCACCUUCGGCAUGGCGGUUCAAAACCUGUGUGACCAUAUUGAGGCGACUGGGCAAAUGGCACAUCUGUGUAACCCAGUUCUACUGCGGGAACUGGUGGGCAAGAUUCCCGCUCAGCAACGCCUUAACUGGGUGCUGUACAAACAACAGUUUGGUUCCAACAAUGCCAGCCUGACCGCAACGCUGAGCCUGCGCUAGGGUCAACUAGGCGAGCCUCUAGCCAGCAAGACUCGACUCGGUUGGUCGGUCUAUGGUCAUACAACUGAAGGAGAAAAGGUUUCCAACUUCACGCUGCAUGUUUGCGAGUGCCAGCAAGAAUACCAGGGGGACCGGGAUCUUCAUGAUAUUGUCAAGCGACAUUUCACGGUGGAAAGCGCUGGUGUUUCGGCUGACAAGGGACCAGAAUCAGAGGAGGACAAACGUGCCCAUCGCAUUCUUGAGGAGACGACGAAACGCGUUUCAAAUAGGUUUGAGACUGGCCUGUUGUGGCGCCACGACCAUGUUGAAUUUCCAAACAGUUUUCCCAUGGCAAUGCGGCGAUUAGAAUGUUUCGAGCGAAGAAUGAAGAAGGAUCCUGAACUUCAAGCAAGCGUGCAGCAGCAGAUCAACGAAUACUUGGAGAACAACUAUAUCCACGAGGUGACACAGGAGGAAAUGGAAUCCACGGACCCUCGAAGGGUAUGGCACUUGCCGCUAGGUGCCGUGAGAAAUCCUAAGAAGCCAGGAAAAUUCGACUCGUAUGGGACGCUGCGGCGAAAGUAGGUGAUGUUUCGUUCAAUUCCAUGCUCCUCAAAGGACCGGACCUGCUGACCCCUCUCGCUUCUGUGCUGUGCAAGUUUCGCGAACGACCAGUCGCUGUGUGCGGGGAUCUUAAACAGAUGUUCCAUCAGUUCAGAAUUCGCCAGGAAGACACACACAGUCAACGCUUCCUCUACAGAGAGCAUCCAUCGCGUUCGGUCAAGACGUUUGUGAUGGAUGUCGGUACCUUUGGAGCCACAUGUUCCCCCUGCCAGGCCCAAUACAUAAAGAAUCUUAACGCGAAGGAACACGAAGCGGACUUCCCGGAAGCAGCGCAGGCGAUCCAAAAGAAGCACUAUGUCGACGAUUAUCUCGACAGCUUCGACACGGAAGAAAGGGCGAUCAAGGUCGCGCUCGAAGUGAAAGAAGUUCAUGCACGUGGAGGUUUCUGCAUCCGGAAUUGGCAUUCUAACUCGAAUGCACUUCUAAAACGGGUCGGGGAACCCAAAGGAACCCAACCAAAGGCCAUCAGCAUCGAUUCGGAGGGCGAAGCAGAAAGAGUUUUGGGUCUCUUAUGGCUACCAGAAGAAGACGUCAUUGCCUUUGCUAACGAUCAACAGCUGGAUGGAGUUAUACCGACGAAACGAAAUAUCCUGCGAUGUGUCAUGAGCCUGUUUGACUCGCAGGGUAUCCUGUCACAUAUAACGAUCCAGGGACGGAUGAUCAUCCAGGACACCUGGUGCAAUCAGAUCCAAUGGGACGAAGAGGUCGCAGAGGCUAUUCGUAGGCGCUGGCUCCGAUGGACAAAACUGUUCGAUGAUGUCGGCCGGAUGAGGCUUCACAGACCAUACUUUCCUGGUUAUUCCACUGCUGAGGUCGGCUCGAUAGAGCUGCAUGUUUUCACUGACGCAAGUGAGGAAGCAUACGCCUGCGCGGCCUAUUUUCGGGCCACGAUAAUGGGAAAGGUGCGCAUUACGUUGGUGAUGGCCAAGGCGAAAGUAGCGCCAUUGAAAUCACUGUCAAUACCACGUCUUGAAUUGAUGGCAGCCCUUCUCGGAGCUAGACUAGCUGAAGCGGUGAAAGAAUAUCAUACUUUUUCAAUUGACCGCCGUGUGAUGUGGACAGACUCGAAGACAACAUUAGCUUGGAUCCAAUCACAACAUCGCCGCUACCGGCAAUUCGUGGCGUUCCGUGUGGGAGAAAUCCUAGAUAAAACCGAAGCUACCGAAUGGAGAUACGUUCCUACGCAGCAUAACCCAGCCGACGAUGCAACCAAGUGGGGUAAGGGACCCAGCACAGAUAUAACGUCACGUUGGUUUCGCGGGCCCGACUUUCUGUACAGUCCGGAAUCAGAAUGGCCGGAGCAAAGGUCUACGCAGUCUUUAGAAACGGAUGAAGAAUUGCGGCCCUGCAUGGUGCAUCGAGAGAAGCCAGUUGAGGAUGUCUACCAGAUCGACAACUUUUCUAAGUGGGAACGUUUGUUAAGAGCAGCAGCUUACGUCCAUCGAUACAUCGCGAACUGUUACCACAGAAGCAAGAAGCAGGAACUGGUCACGGGAUUCUUACUCCAGGAAGAGCUGCAGAAUGCGGAGAACAGCCUGUGGCGGUCAGUGCAGGCAUCCGUUUACCCGGACGAAGUAGCUGUGCUGAAAUUAGUAGAAGGGGAUCAGAAGAAGCAGAUUGGAAAGACUAACCUAUAAGCUGUCUCCGUUCCUGGAUGAACACGGCGUUAUGCGGGUGGAUAGCCGUAUUGGUGCCGUUCCGUACGUCAUGUACGAUUUCAAAUUUCCCAUCAUCCUGCCGCGCGACCACCACCUGACUAAGCUGAUCAUCGACUGGUAUCACCACCGGUAUCUGCACGCCAAUCACGCCACAGUACUUAACGAAGUUCGUCAGCGGUUCCACGUCUCCAGUCUUCGCACGGUAAUACGACAAGUAAUCAAGGAGUGCCAGACUUGCAAGAUAGCCAAAGCAGCUCCACUACCACCAAGGAUGGCUCCCCUUCCAGCGGCACGCCUAGCGGCCAUGGCACGACCGUUCUCCUACGUCGGGCUGGAUUACUUUGGACCUAUCCAGGUCCGGAUCGGGCGCAGCUGCGUUAAACGUUGGAUGGCCUUGUUUACGUGCCUCACCGUGAGAGCCGUACACCUGGAGGUAGUUCAUUCCCUCUCUACAGAAUCGUGCAAGAUGGCAGUCCGUCGAUUUGUAGCGCGUCGUGGGUCACCCCUUGAGAUUCGCUCAGACAACGGCACAAAUUUUCAGGGAGCCAGCCGCGAGUUAAGGGAUCAGAUUACAGCGAUCGAUCAACAGUUGGCGGAAACCUUUACCAACUCGAACACGAAAUGGAUCUUUAAUCCUCCAUCCGCACCACACUUUGGCGGUUCAUGGGAGCGACUCGUAAGGUCCGUCAAGGUGGCACUCGGCUCAUUGUGCAGCGAAAGGAACCCGGAUGAAGAGACAUUGUUGACGGUCAUUACUGAAGCCGAGUCUAUAGUGAACUCCAGACCGUUAACCAAUAUUCCGUUAGAGAGCGUCGACCAGGAGGCCUUGACGCCAAACCAUUUUAUAUUGUUAAGCUCCAGUGGAAUCACUCAACCUCUUACAGAACUGGCGGAACCGA